AUUAACACCAACUGAAGGUUACAGAGUCAAACAAGGGGUUUGUUUCGUUGGUUUUUCUUACAACCAACCAUUAUUUUCCAAAAACGUUUAGCACGUUGCUAAACUUUGUUAUAUGUUCUGUAUAAAAUAGCACGUCUUCAACAUCAGUCUGCAAAGGAUACACUCGGGCAGAACGAAGUGAGGGCAUGGCAGCUCGUAUGGACAUUGCCUCUGGUGAGGUGGGCCAAGCAAGAGGGGAUGGCUUCAAACCUUUGCCCGGCCCCAAACCUCGCCUGACUCCCAAACCCUUCUCACUGCAGAGGAACACCACCCUACGCUCCAUCCUAGCCCCAAAGAUACUCACAAGGACUCCACAGCCGUCUCAGACCACUUCCACUACACCCACUACCUCCAGAAAACCGGAGCCUAAUCAGCCUAUCAGUGGCCCUGUGUCUGACUCAAGCGGAGCUGUGAAACACGAUACAGAGAGCACCAUGACACCUGAACCGACCAAUGCUCUCAAAGCUCCUUCAGCCAUAACACCCCACACUGACUCAACCCACACCACUGAACAAAACCACGCUGCUCUUUCCACAUCCAGCUCCCUUACUGCCCCAACAUCUGAGCCACCGGCUAGUACCAUAUCUGACCGAACUGGAACCUCGGAGGCAAAUCAAGUCAGUGAAUCUGAACUGGAUGAACAUGGCAACUCUGAUUCAGGCCACUCCGCUACUGGAACUGAGGCUGUACCAUUACCAUCGGUCACCUCAGCUCCCCUUCAAGCCCAGUCUGAAGACACUGUGAGCGAGCUCACCUCUGCGAUCGUCAGAUGUCACGCCGGGGAGGAUCAGACAGCCCGCUGGGGAGGAUGCAGGAAGCGGCUGUCCAUGGGGCUCACCUCCAGGUUUGUGUCGGCCGGCCUCUCGUGCCCCUCACAGCCACCAGCCAAAGAAAACAACCAGAAGCAGGAACAGGCGACCAAGAGAGAGACUGCAGUCCUCAAAGUGUCGGUCCUCAGGACCAAGGAGGAAGAGAAGAUAACAGAUUCACCAGAGACACCGUCUGACCCGGAGUGCAGACUCAAGCACACAGCACUGCUGAAGGAAGAGAGGUUUGGAGAAGGGGUAAAGGAGACAGGAGAAGAGAAAGUGUUCAGCAUACAACGGAGGAUCAGUUUGCUGCUGGACUCCUCCUCGAGGCCAGAGCCUCUGACCAAGAGGGAGGAAGUUCCUGAUCCAAUUAAACAAGCAGGCGGUUCUGGGGGUGUGAAACAGCUAAUUAAAGACUGGGCAUUAGACACACCUCCUGUUCAGGCAUCCAAUCAGAGGGUGGAUGUUGCCCCUCAACCAAUCCCUGGCAGAGUUCACCGUGUGUUGAGUGUCACUGGGGGGUCAUUGGCGACGAGCGAAAGUGUUCAGCUAGCUCCCCGAGAGGACAAUGCUUCCCCCCUAUGUCGCUCAGGACGUUCUGGGAUAAAGGUUAAUAGUGAGGAGAUAGAAGAUGAGGAAGAGGAGGGAGAAGAGGAGGGAGAGGAGAAGGGGGCCCAGGUGCCACUCUACAAACCAGUAGGAAGACUUCUUCGGAUGGAAGAUGGAGGGAAAAAACAAGAGCUAGUGAUUGAUAAAAUAGAGAAAGAUGUGGAGACCAAGGUGCAAGAGGAGGAAAAACUUAAACAGCUGGAGCUAGAAGAGAGACAAGCAGAGAAGGAGAGGGAGAAAGAGAGGAAACAAGAAGUUGAGUUAGAAAGGCAAAAAAAAGUGGAGAAAGAAAAGGAAAGGGAGAAACGGAGCGAGAAAGAAGAGAGAAAGAUGAAAGAAGAGGGGAGAGAAAGGCAAAGAGAAAUAGAGAGGGAACGGGAUAGACAGAGACAGAGGGAGGAGGAAGAGAGGGAGAGAAAGAGGAAGGAAGAGGAUAGGGAGAGAGAAAGACAAAGAGGGGAGGAGCGGGAUAGGGAGAGACAGAGAGAGGACGAAGAGAGGGAGAACAUGAGGAAAGAAGAGAAGGAGAGAGAAAGACAGAUAGAACUUGAGAGGGAAAAGGAGAUACUGAGAGAGGACGAAGAGAGGGAGAACAUGAGGAAAGAAGAGAAGGAGAGAGAAAGACAGAUAGAACUUGAGAGGGAAAAGGAGAUACUGAGAGAGGAAGAAGAGAGGGAGAGGAGGAAAGAAGAGAGGGAGACAGAAAGACAGAUAGAACUUGAGAGGGAAAAGGAGAUACUGAGAGAGGAAGAAGAGAGGGAGAUGUUUAGAGUGGAAGAGGAGAGAUUGAGAGAAGAGGACAGGGAAAAACUUAUAGAAGAGGAGAGGAAAAGGGAAAGAAAGAGAGAGGAGGAAAAUAUGAAGGAAGAUGAGAGACAGAGCGAGAAAGAGCAGGCAAGAGAAAGACAAAGAGAGGAAGAGAGGGAGAAAGAAGAGUCCCCAGUCCAAUUGAUCACUUUUGAACCUGACCACUCUCCCAAACCAGAGCUUCCUUCUCGUUCCCCUACCAUCCCCAUCAUAGAACCCAUACUGAAGGAUGAGGAGCAGCUUCACAUCAAGGUGGUCUACAGCUUUUCUAACAAAGAGGAGAAACCUCUUCUCGAGGUGGUCAAUGAUAAUUUCUCCAUCAAGCUCGGGAGGUGGGGGUCUCAGACCAGGCUCCUCGCCGACUGUGCUCAGGAUGAGCUCCUCGCCGACUGUGCUCAGGAUGAGACAUCUUCCCCUGGAAGGUUACUGGGCCUCCAGAAAACCAUUGUUAACACCCAGGAAGCACUCAACGUCAAAUCUCACCCAGCCGAGGGGAACAUAGAGUGGGUAGUCCCCACCCCAGAGAAUAGGAUGGAGAAGGUGGAUGAAGAAGAGGAAGCAAAUGUGGACACAGAGGAGGAGCAGUUGAAGUGCUGUGUGGGGGCGGGAGAGGGACAUGACACAGAGGCUCUGAUUGGUGGAGAGCUAGACAAGCAGUAUGGGGGAUGUGACACUAGACUGUCUGAGGAUGACAGUCUGCAGACGACAGUGGAACAGAUCUCCCCUGUCACAGCAGAUGAGCCUAACAGCACAUCUCCACUAGAAGAAACAGAGGAGCUAUUAGCCUUUCCUGAUAUUUCUCCUCUAUUGGACACCAGUGCUCAGCGUGCAAGGGCAAAGCUGAGGAAGAGUCGGAGGACCCGCCCCCCUCGAGCUGUCCAUCAGAACUCUACCACAGCAACGCUUGAGGAAAACCGUGUCCACGACUGGAGGUUCUGUGACUCCUCAGAUAAGGUGGACUCUCUAACAAGGGGAGAUUGUGAGUCUGAUGAGGAGCAGCCCAGAGGGAGGGAGGUAUGUUCACCACCUUCCCAGCCCCAGAGAAUACCCCUCUUUUCUGGAAUGGACCCGUCCGCUCUCAAGGCCCAGUUAAAGAAGCGAACAGGGGGAGGAGUUAAAGGAGCAGAUACAGACAGUCAGACAGACAGUCUUGCUCUGUCCCCCUCUCAGCUCUCCCGCUCUCCCGGAUGUUCCUCCUUCCUCCCCAGGACGUCACAGAUACUACCCCCUGUAGUGAACAAAGAUGUAGGGGGGGACUCGUCUCCUUCAUGGCUGCAAGAACUCAAGUCUAAGAAGCGCUUGAGUCAAUACAACAGUGAGGACUAGCUGAGUGGAUGGACCUCAUUUUUACACCAGCUAUUACAAAAAAAAUACCUAUCUGAUCACAUUCCCCUUCCAUACACACCUUAAAGUGUUAGUUGACUCCAAAGAAAGCCUAUAGCUUGUUAAAGGUUUGCAGUCUGACGUAGUCAGACACACUUUGAUUUGAGUGAACUAUCACUUUAAAAUAUGCCCUGUAUCUGUGUCAUGUAAAUGAGCUUUUAUUCCUGUUUACCUCUAGGAGAUACCACCCAGCUAGCACAUUCAGUUCCUUGGAACUUGUAGGAAUGUACGUUUUUGGUUUACCAUUGGUUCUGGGAACAAAGCCAUUCGUAUCUUGACCGGUAAAACGAAAAGUUCUAAGAAAGGAAGUGAAAACGUGGUCUGUUCUGGAAACGUACAUUUUUAGGUUGCAGAGAGAUUCUGAGAAGCUUUCCUGGGAGGUUUUAUUAACGUUCUGAGAACGUAAAUGAUAGGUUAUUUGAAGGUAUUUAUAUAACGUCCUGAGAAAGUGUUUCAAUAUGACUUUUAAUAACACUGAUAGCUUAGUUUGAACUCCAAUAACAUAUAGGACACAUGGAAAUGCAUUUUCUUUUAUUGUGCCAGAGUCUAACCUAUGAUCUUCUGUUUUUUAUCCAUGGAAUUAGUCAACUGUGCCACCAGGAUGGAGCUAGCAUGCCAUGUUUGUUUUUUACUCAUACAAAGCUGAUCAUUUUAAUCUAUUCAAAUAGACCCCAUUUCAAAGGAAACAAGCACUAAUUAAGUUCCGGUAUGGCCAAUUAGUGGGCGUAGCCAACACACUUAACAAGAUAGAGGAUAGAGAGUUUUGUUAAUGCUGAGAACAGAAUGUAUAUGUUUUUAAAUAACAUUCUUUAGAACGUUCUCUCAAUGUUAGUAAAGUUUUUGUGUUUUUUAUGGAAAAUGUUCUUAACGUUCUCUGAACAAUUUGAGAACAUGAAUUUAACUAGAACCUGUAGGAAACGUUAUGCUGAAGUACCAAAAUUACCACAGAAAAAUGUUUGUUUCUUAAUGUUCUUUGAACUAUUGGAGAACAUUCUCAAUGUCAAACCAGUUGGAGAACAUUCUUAGAAUGUUACCAAAAUUGUAAUGAAAUAUAACCAUGUUUGAACUUUUUGGAAACAUUCUGUUAAAGUAAUGAAAUUCCAAGAAAACAAUGUUUUCUUGUGAAGUUCCUUAAAUGUGCUGAGAAUGUUCAAAAGCCAAGCAACUAUCCUGUACCAUUCCCAAAAAGUUGUGAGAAGGAUGCAUGCAAAAUAACCAUAGGACAACCACGCUCUCACCAAGCUCUAAGAAACAUAUGGUUCUCAGAACAUUGUGUGCUAGCUGGGCAUUGACUUGGAGAUCAUCCAACUGAUGCUGUUGUUGCUGACAAACACCCCUGUGACAAACACAGCAGUGACCUGGACUCCCUCCAAUUGUGUGCCUUUCCAGAAACUCCCUUUUUUUAUUGACAAGCUAUGCAAGACAAUGGAGAAGCAUUGGAUACUUUCCUGCCCUGCGUUGUGACCAUCUCUUCGACUUUUCUAUUCGUCAAAGGAAUUAUAAGCAUGUAGACUAUUUGCAACACACACACACACACAGAAUAUUUGCAACAUUUGGACAAGUGCCUCUCAUCCCAGGCCACUAUAUGUUCUAGACUGUAUCUUUCCAUCCAUCCAAAUUUGCAUGCCAGAUUCUGUGUGGGAGCUUGACGUAAUUACCUGUUUAGGUCAUGCACACAAAUAUCCACAAUGCCACAAGGUUCACAUACAUACUUGAAUUGUACAUCUUUUGGCACCUAGCCAAUGGAACUUUCCUUCUUUCUCAAUUGAUCUCUUGUUUUGAACUAACCCGUCGGUUUCUUUUCUCUGUUAUGUUAUGCACUCACUCGCUGCUCUGAUGAGCUGCUCUUGAUAAAAGUAUCUGGUAGAUACAACAAUAUUAUCUCUACUCUAUCCAAACAAGAAAAGGAGAGGAAUAGCUCUGUCUGCACCCUUGUUGUGGUUUGAUUAGAGACAAUGUCUCAACACCUGUGUACAAUAGGUCUUUCAUCUGAUCUCAGCCAAUAACAAACCAAUACACAUGUGCUUACUCUGCCUGCCAUGAUGCCCAAAUCCUGCAAUAGUGCCAUAAAGCACUUUAAGAGUGAUCCAUUUACAGUAACAAUGACAGGUGCACUAGAAAAUAAUUGUAUACAAUACCAUUCCCCGUCCAUAGGUGCAGACUGACAUUGACAAAAUGAUGUCUAUCAAAUAAUAAGUACUAAUUUUACACAUUCAGAUUCAAGUAUAUUUGGGCAAGGUCCUAUUGUAGUUGCAUUAGUAAUAAACAUGUUGAUCUGAUAUGUCUGUAUGUAUUGCUGUCAGCCACAGAUAAGAUCUUGUUUCUUCUGAGUGUUGAUCAGCUGAUAUUGUUCAUUGCUGCCAGAUCAAUUAAGGAGUAUUUUCUAUCCGUGUUUUUUGAAAGGGUGCAAAUCUCUAACAUUUUCACUUUCAUAUUAUCUUCAUAAACGUUCACUGGAAUAAUAGAAAACACAAACAAUGCACACACUCAGAAAUGCAUAUACUUAGGCCUAUAUACAGUAAGAAACAUAUUUUGAAUGGCACCAUAGUGUUUUUGACACCUACACCUACUUGUCUACAUUGACUGUGUGAAAAGUGGGUAACACCACUUGACACCCAAUGUCAUAACACGUUAUGAUAUGGCCAUAACCAUGUCAUAACAGCUGACAUAACUUGUCACAAUAUAUAUGUAUAUAUAUGUCACAGCAGCUGUAAAUAUAUAUUUACACAUUUAUUCAAAUAACUUUUUUUGCAUGCCAAGAGGUUUCCUUUCGUUUGAACGUUUGUUUCUUAAAUCCUUUGAUGUUGUUGUAAUGAAUUAUUUUUAAAAUAACUUGUAGAAAAUAAACUUUUAUGACACUGUCAUGAAGAAUUGUGA